AAAUUUAGAAUGAAUAUGAUCAGUAAAACUACUUUUUCCUUGACUAGAGAAAAGGAGACUGCAAGUUGUCCCGUUUGGCAUUGCCUAUAAAUUACUUGGCUCUAGCUUGUUGUGACUUGUGCAGUUGUUUGAACUUGGAAGAGAAAUUAUUAUUGUCUUGGCUACUUUCUUCACACUGGUGCAUAGAAUUCUCUCAUCCCAAGUAGUAAUCUUCAUUGGGUAUUUUCUAAGGCCUCGUACGAUCAUUCCUUGGACUGUCUUACACUCGAACCUUAAUUUCCUCAAGUUGCUGCAUAGACUAAAAGGUAAGGGUUCCCAAAUAACAAUUAUUUGCUCGUUCAUUUAUUGUUGUUCAAAUUUUAUACUGUAAAAAUCAAGGUAAAUUGAAAUGAGAGGAAAGAUUUAGUUUUUAACUUUUUACUUGAAAUGUUGCUGUUUCCUGACAGGUUAACCAUGAUGAGAGUUUCCCUGUCUAUGUGCAAACAAACAGUGUCUUUACUGAACAUUCCUUCUGGGGUGCUGAAAUCGGACUUCUUUAGUCCUAGGCGGCAAAAAGAAAAAGUUGUGAUCCUAAUGGGAGCAACGGGAACCGGCAAGUCAAGACUCUCCAUUGACCUUGCGACCCGAUUUCCAGCAGAAAUAAUAAAUUCAGAUAAAAUACAAGUACAUGCGGGACUGGACAUAACCACCAACAAAAUUACCGAGGAAGAGCGGUGUGGAAUUCCACACCAUUUGUUAGGUGUAAUAAAUCCCAAUGCAGAUUUUACUGCAACAAAUUUCAUUGACAUGGCUUCACAUGCCAUGGCUUCAAUUUUGUCCCGCAGCCAGCUUCCAAUUAUAGCUGGAGGCUCAAAUUCGUAUAUUGAGGCCUUAGUUGAUGACAAAGACUUUAGAUUUCGAUCAAAAUAUGAAUGUUGUUUUCUUUGGGUGGAUGUAGCAAUGCCAGUACUCCAUCAGUAUGUAUCAGAACGAGUAGAUAAGAUGGUUGAAAAUGGAAUGGUUGAUGAGGUAAGGAGUUUUUUUUAUUCCAAUGCAAAUUAUGGACGGGGGAUUAGGAAAGCCAUUGGAGUUCCUGAAUUUGAUCGGUACUUCAAAGCUGAACCAUUUUUGGACGAACAAGACCGUGCAAAACUGCUACAAGAAGCAAUACAAGAAAUCAAAAGAAAUACGUGCAAAUUAGCUUGUCGCCAAUUGGAGAAGAUUCACCGGUUGAGGAAUAAAAAGAAUUGGAAGAUACACAGGCUCGAUGCCAGUGAAGUUUUUCGCAGGCGUGGCAAAGAAGCUGAUAAAGCAUGGGAAGAGCUUGUAGCUGGUCCAGGCACAGAGAUAGUGGCAGAAUUUCUGUACAAUAUCAGCUCUGAGGCCCUGGUCACUAAUCCUGCCAUUAGAGUGCCCUGUGUGGCGUAGUGCUGUAAAAUCAUAUCUCACCCAGGAAUAACUAGUGAAGUGAUACAUUUCAAUGUUAAAAUAAUGGAGAUAUGCUACUUAAUGGAAGUCAGUUUUGGAAAAAGAUACUUAGAUUUCGUGGCCCUUGCCAUUUAAUGAUAAGAAAGCAUUUUUUUUUCCUUUUUGGUGUUUCAUCACUCAUCAGUCUUGAGAUACCCUUUUUUCUGAUAUAUCAGAAAGUAAUGUAGGACACCUUUUUCUUGCCACUUGAACAGCAAAAACCAAAUCAAGUGAUAUAACUGUUUAAACUGCUUACUGGAAUUGUAAAUUGUAAUACAGAUUUUUGGAGAAGGGACCCAUGUAAAUGUAAGUUCAUUUGUUUUUAUUUUCAUUUGGCAAGAAAUGUUAAUGCAAGUUCAUCGUUGACAGAGUUAGAACAUUUUUAUCAGAAAACAAAUCACUGAAACAGCUUUUUAGAACACUCCUAACAGUACAACAGCAGCAAAAGAACUGAAAUACGUGUACUUGAUUAGUGGCUGUACAGUUGGAAAGCAACUCAGAAACCAUUGCUUGCUCGCUGAUUUGUAAUUUUUAGUGGGGGCGUUGGGCUGUUGGAAGCACACGCCUGCUGCUUAUGCCCAAUGGCUAGCUGGUGGUACCUGGUAGCUGCUCAAGAUUC